UCCAGCAAGCGCUCGACGCACUGUGUGUGUCCGCUCACUGUGUCGCUCAUUGCGGUAAAAAAAGGAGAGAAAUAAAUACUGGUGACGGAGUUUCUCGCUCAGGCGAAACUGUAGCUUUUUACUGCCCACCGGGAUAUCAUCACACAGAGCUUUUUGCGGUGACUCUUGACUCCAGAGAUGAACUUCGAGCAGCCUCCUCCGUACCCAGGCCCAGCGGCUCCAGGCUACGCAGCCCAGGGCCCCCCUCCACAGGGCUACCCACCCCAAGGUUACCCUCCGCAGGGAUACCCCGUCAACAUGGAGCAGCCAAAUCCGUCUUACCCUAACUACCCUCCUGGAGCCAUGGGCCCCGGAGGGCCUUAUCCCGGGCCGGGGCAGCCUCCCUAUCAGGGUUACCCAGGGCAGCCGCAGUUUGGCUGGCAGGGCGGACCUCCUCCCGGGCCCAUGUACGGGGAAGCUCCCAAAAACACAGUGUAUGUGGUGGAGGACAGGAGACGGGACGACGCCGGGGACACAUGUCUGACCGCCUGCUGGACCGCUCUGUGUUGCUGCUGCCUCUGGGACAUGCUGACAUAACGCCCCUCUCGUCUGUUUACCCCGACCAUAAUCUCACCCCCUAUUUCUGUGCCUCAGUCCCCGCCCCCCCCUCCCUUUCCUUACCGCCUCCAAACAGCUCCCCUGUGUUUCUCGACAAGUCUUAUACUUGUGUGAAAGUAGAAGCCUUGAUCUGGUGCGGAAGCCUCCUUCUCAGAGUCUCUUGCUCGAAUGUGAAGCCUCGGCACUGACUGACUGACCUGUCCACUGAUUCCUCUGUAGCAGCCUGUAACUGAGCUUCGAAGCAUAACAUGAAACUCAGGCUGCUCACUGAAAUCGUGCACCAACACCCAGCAGGCCCAGAGUGCGUGCGCACACACACACACACACACAAACAACCACACACACACUUACACAAAGCAAAAAUACACAACACACGCUUAAACACUCGUACAGUAUACUUGGAUCUCAGGCUCACGUGGCGUGAAGCUCUUUGGCACUUUACGAUGAUUACCUCUCUAAGAUUCUACUCCUGCCUGCCUGUUGACCCGUCUCCAGCCCCCCCUGCCCCCACCCCUGCUCAGCUGUGCUAGCUCCAGUGCCCCAGGACUACCCUUUACUCUGGGCCCCACACCCAAAGGCCACCAAGAC